AUGUCCUCCAGAAUUCCUCCAGAGUCUCAAACCACAUUCAGAAUGGCAACUAACCUUGCCUUGAAGACUCCCUUGGAGACCGUCGAGACUGGCUCGUCAGAAGUGGACAGUUCGUCUUCUUCGGGCACGGCGUCGGAAAAAAGUUCUGGCAACGGGUCUGCCGUUACCCCGGCUGCGCAAAACACCAGUGCGAACGGCAAUUUGAGAAAGAAGAUUCCUCCCAGCGACCUGCCUCGACCGUACAAGUGCCCCAUGUGCGACAAGGCGUUCCACAGGCUCGAACACCAAACCAGACACAUCAGAACACACACCGGAGAAAAACCCCACCAAUGUAACUUUCCUGGCUGUUUCAAAAGGUUUUCCAGGUCCGACGAGCUGACUAGACACUCCAGAAUACACAAGAAUCCGAACUCCAGACGGAAAAACCUCCAUAAUCCAGACUGGGAGCUCACGGACGCCAUCAGCCAGAGCUCGAGACCGGCCUUUUUGAAAAAAUCCAGUUCCACGUCCAAAAUCCCAAAACGGUCGCCAACAGAACCGAAAAAGACCGAGGAGCCUAGCUCCGAGGAGUCGUCCCCCGGGAAGCCCGUGCUCACUACCGUGAAAUCUGCACUGGACAUCAAUAUUCUCGCCACGGCCGCCUCACAGGAGCUACAGAACCUCCAGCAGGAGAAACACCAUGUACACCAUACUAAACAGUCCCAGCAGGCCCAACAAGCUCAACAAUCCCAGCAGGCCCAGCAGACCCAACUGGCAGCGGCAGCGUUGGUGUCGGGCGCCUCCGACAUCCAAUACGUGAAAUCGUUACCGAGUCUAUCGCAAUACUUCCAACAUUCCCAGCCCCAUCCUGUUCCACCAGCGGUGCACAACAGACCACCUGCUUUAAACUCUCUUUCCACGCUACGACUCACUCCCCUGCGGACACCGUCUGCGGGCUCUGUGCCGCAGAUCGCGUCGUCUGGAUCGGUCCAGCUGACAGACUCCUCUUCGUCCAGUAAUCUGUCUGGUCUAGCACGCUCAUUCUCCAGCACAGAUCUGUUCACGGGCGGGUCCAAGGCCCCCCAACCGCAGUUCAAGAAGUCCAGGCCAAACUCCCCGGGAAUCCCGUCAUCGCCAACUGCCACCAUGGUCCCCAGCAAGGAUUCCUCGGCCGCAUUACAUCUCCUGGGACUCAGCCACAUGACGCAAAACAGACAGCAAACCCCAGACUCAACCCCGUUACAAACUCCUUCCGUGUCUCCCAAACUGCAUCCGUCCACCUCGUUGACCUCUAUUCCGAGCGGUAUCAAUCUGAGUGGUUCGUUCCCACUUUCGUCUUCGAUGCUGGGAAACUCCGUUGGCUCAAAGUCUGCCGUUCAGCUACCAUCCUUACGCUCACUCAAACUAAACCUACCCGAAGACCUAUUGAGUGAAGAUAAAUCUUAA